AUGCCAGUCUACCGGCUCCCCCCCAAGCCCACCCUCGGGCCCCCAUCCGACGAGCCGCAGGCGCACUAUCUCGACCGCACGCACCUGGCGUACCAGUACCGCAGAGGCGAAGGCCUCGACGACGAUACCGACCUGAGCCAGUCGUUCCCGGUCCACACCUAUGCCCUCGGCUCUACGCGCUCCGAGUCUGGCGCGCUCAAAUUUAUGAAGGGCUUCGGACUCCCGACCGACACGGCGAACUCGCGCCUCAACUUCAACAUGGACAAGAUGUGGAUCUACGUGUACGCCAUCCCGACCAAGUCCGUCACUACACCGCCAGUCUUCAUCCCGCUCGAGGUCGAGAUUCCCUUCGAGGAUAUUGUGACGAGCGGUGUCAGCGUCAUCCGUGCGCCGCGAAAAGACGACGAUCAAUCCCUCGUCACCUUGACCGUCACCACUCGGCGCCCAGCGCGCUUUUACCUGCCGAUCAAUAAUCGGAUCGCGCGGCGCGCCACAGAACGCGACUUUGUCUUCAGCCUCGGGCCGCAAGAGUCUAUCCCAGGGCGCUCCGUACCGGAGAUGAAAGCGAAGGGAUACAUCAUCCACGAGGGGCACGCGGGCCCAAUCGAAGCCGUCGCGGAGGACCCGCUCACGGUGCAGGUGAACGCAUGGCUCACGUGGCAGUUCGAGUUCAUGCUCGGCCCGCGCGAGCGGCAGGAGUUUCGCCAGAAGAUCAUCGACCUCGGUAUCGUCGGCCGCGAGGAGGGCAUGGACUGGCUCGCGCACGCCGGCGAGAAGAAGAUCAAGGUCGUGCCGCCGGAGAACAUGGCCCACGUCAAUCCCAAUGCCGUCCUCCAGGGGAUGGACUUUCGUCUGCGGUACCUUGUUGAAGGGCUCGUGACACAUGGCAUCGUGGUGCAGACGGAAAUCCCGCAGCUGGUGCACGCUCUCGACAAGAUGUGCGACUCGGCCAAGCUCAAGGAGCGGGUGGUGACGGCACUAUUCAACGAAGAGCGCAUCCGCGACAUCAAGGGGAUUAUAACGGUCCGAGCACGGCAGCUGCGCAAGCGCCGCCUCAAGGUCGACUCGCACCUCGUCGAGGUGUACAAGUGCCGCGUGACGCCGACGAGGAUUUGCCUGUCCCCGCCCGAGCUCGACACCUCGAACGACGCGCUGCGCAAGCACAACGCGAACUCGGAUCGAUUUCUGCGCGUGCACUUUGCCGACGAGGACGACCGGAUCCAGAUCAACCUCGCCGUGCUCGAGGCCGACACCGAGAAGCCGUACACCGGCCCAAUUGCCCCCCUCGCCUCUGGUAUUGUCAUUGCUGGCCGCCACUACGUGUUCCUCGUGUACGGCGCGUCCUCGGCCCGCGAGCACACAUGCUGGUUUGUGGCCGAGGACGAGAGCAAAAACUUCACUGCAGAGGCCAUCCGCGCGCGCCUCGGCUUUGACCAGAUCACGCACAAAAUUGUCGCCAAACACGCCGCGUACAUGGGUCUGCCCUUCUCCGCCACACGUCCUGUCAGCAUCGUGCUCGAUAUCCGAUUAAAGAUCCCAGACGUCAAGGAGAGGGCAACUGGAGUCCUCUACACUGAUGGUGUUGGCCGGUGCGGCUACAAGGUCGCCCGGCAGGCCGCUCGCGAGUUCGGCAUCCUCACGGGUGUCGACGCCCAGCCGUCGGCGAUCCAAUUCCACUGCGGCGGAAUCAAGGGCGUCCUCUGCGUCUGCCCGCCGGAGAUGUGCCGGCCGUCCGACGUCGUCUUCAGGCCAUCGCAGAUCAAGUUCGACUCCCACUCGUCCAAGCAGAAGUACGGUCUGAGUGUUGUGCAGAUUGCACAGUUCCGCCGAGCGUUCCUCGACCGACAGUUCACCCUGCUUCUGUCUCACCUAGGCGUCGACGACAAGGUUUUCCGUAACCUCUACAACGAGGCCAUUGAGGCAACACGUGGACUUUUGACUCGGUUCGUGGAGGGACGUCCCACUGAGCACGACCUCCAAGCUGCGGUCGGCCUGUGCGCAGUGCGCAUUAAGGAGCUCGGUGCCGCUGGCUUCAACCGCAACCCGUUCUUGAUCGACGUGUGCAAGGUCCUAGAGACGCGCCUUCUCUCCGACGUCAAAUGGAAGGCGCGCAUAGAGCUGAAGAAGGGAGUAUAUCUCAUGGGCGUGGCCGACGAGUUUGGCGUCCUGGAGGAAGGCGAAGUCUUUUGCCAGUACGAGAACCCAGCCGACCCGACCGAAGGCCCGGUCGUCGUCAAGGGCCCGUGUGCCAUCAUGCGUGCGCCGGCGCACAACCCAGGUGACAUUCAGGUCGUCAACGCCGUCGACCACGAGAAGCUCCGUGACUUGAAGAAUGUCAUCGUCUUCGCCGUUCGUGGCAAGCCGCUGCCCCAUAUGCUGUCUGGUGGCGACCUCGACGGUGACGACUACUCGCUCAUCUGGGAUCCACGCCUCCUGCCCAAGCUCCAGGAAGAGCCCGCCGCCUACGACGCAGUCAAGCCGUUCACUGUGAACAAGGUCACCAUUGAGCACAUCAAGUCUUUCUUCAUAGACUUCCUCAAGAACGACAUCCUUGGUCAGGUGUCAAGUGCCCAUCUCGCCCAUGCCGACCGCGUCGGCCCCCACACCGAGGUCUGCCGCACGCUGGCCAACCAGGCCAGUAUUGCCGUCGACUUUCCCGAGACUGGCAUGCCGGCCAAGAUGGAGCCGCAAUGGCAACCUCGCCGUUGGCCGCACUUCAUGGGCAAGGAGUUGCAGGGCUCCAGUAAGAACAACUAUGUCAGCCGGCGGAUCCUGGGCCAGCUGUUCGAUCUAGUCAGCCCCGACCCAUCGUUCCAGCAAGUCGAUAUCGGGCAGCUGUCUGACGAGGAUAUUGCCGAUGAGCGCAUUGCACGGUACGAAGUCCCGCCAUCCGUGCUCGACGAUGCGUAUCAGCUCAAGCAGUGGGUCAUUGGGCUCAUGAAGCGGUACCGCAUCACCGAAGCCGAGACUGUCGGCGGCAUCGUCCUUCUCAACCCCCGGCGCCGAGGACACCGGGAGGACGACCUCCGCGACCCAGUCGAGCAGAACUACCGCGCGCUCGCCAACAACGUCCUCGACGUCGCGGACAAGUUCCUCUCCAAGCGCCGGUUCAAGGCCGCGGUGACUGCGCGACAGGUCUACGCUAUUGCCGCUUACCAGAUCACCUAUGUCAAGCCCGUCAUCAAGGCUGUCGAGGAGCGGCUGGGCGUCAAGAACCCGCUUGCCGAGAUGCUGGACGCCACGUCGCUCUCGAGCGGGACGAGCGUGGCGCCGACCCCCGCGACUGUAACCCCAGCCGAGUCGGUCAAGGGCGACAACGCAAGCGUGAUUGGCGAUGCCGCACCGAUUAUCCCGCUUCGGCCCGUUCUGGUCCCUGCACCCAUGAUCUCGUUCCCCUGGGUGUUCUGGGAGGCCUUGUGCGACCUGCCAACUGUGAAGCAGGGCAACGGCCCCCCCACCUAG